GUACGCUCUCUGCACAGUCCACCUCACACACUAACAUCCACUGGGAUGCAGUGGGCUGGCACUUCUGUGUGAAACCAGAGCUAGCUGGUUAAAGUUUACACUUCAUAGAACAGGAGAGCUGUGUUACAUUGUAUAUAGAAACUUAGCCAUGGUUCUAAGGAUGAAUGUGGGAUUGUGGACUCUUCUUAAACUUUGCCUCCUGUGCCAGGUGGCAUGCUCAGUGAAUUUCUACCAUCACCGCUAUGAAGACCUGGUCAGAGCCCUUUACAGCGUGCAGAAUGAGUGUCCUUAUAUCACCAGGAUAUACAGCAUUGGAAGAAGUGCUCAGGAGAGACAUCUCUAUGUCAUUGAAUUCAGUGAUCAGCCUGGAACCCAUGAACUGUUGGAGCCGGAAUUUAAAUAUGUUGGAAACAUGCAUGGCAACGAGGUACUCGGAAGGGAGCUACUUAUCCAACUCGCAGAGUUUCUGUGUGAAGAAUAUCGGAAUGGCAAUGAUCGGAUUACCAGGCUAAUCCAGAAUACAAGGAUACAUAUUCUGCCGUCGAUGAAUCCAGAUGGGUAUGAAGUGGCUGCAGAUCAGGGACCAGAAACAAACGGGUACCUCACUGGACGUAGCAACAUCAAUGGAGUGGAUCUGAAUCGGAACUUCCCAGAUCUCAAUAUUAUAAUGUAUUACCAUGAAAAGAAUGGCGGACAAAAUCAUCAUAUACCUCUCCCAGACAACUGGAGAAGCCAGGUGGAGCCUGAGACACUGGCAACAAUUGAAUGGAUGAAUAAUUACAAUUUUGUCCUCUCUGCAAACCUGCACGGUGGGGCUGUAGUUGCUAAUUAUCCGUAUGAUAAAUCCAAAGACUAUAGAGGGAAAGGUUAUAGACGCACUACAGGUCAUACUCCAACACCAGAUGACAAGAUGUUUAAAAAGCUUGCUAAAGCCUAUUCUUAUUCACAUGGUUGGAUGUAUCACGGAUUGAAUUGUGGAGAUUAUUUCCCAGAUGGAAUCACUAAUGGAGCUUCCUGGUAUUCACUAAGCAAAGGUAUGCAGGACUUUAAUUACCUUUACACAAACUGCUUUGAAAUCACUCUGGAGCUGAGCUGUAACAAGUUUCCACGACCGGAAGAACUUGAGAGAGAGUGGUUUGGAAACCGUGAAGCUCUCAUCACGUACAUCGAAGAGGUUCACCAGGGAAUUAAAGGCAUUGUAACAGAUGAAAAUAACAAUGGAAUAGCUAAUGCGGUAAUCUCUGUGAGCGGCAUUAAUCACGAUGUCACGUCUGGUAAAGGCGGUGAUUAUUUCCGGUUGUUGUUGCCCGAAACAUACAGCGUGACAGCUUCAGCAGAUGGAUAUUAUGCAAAGACCACAACCGUAACAGUUGGUCCAUCUGAACCAGCGGUGGUUAAUUUCCAACUGAAGCAAGUUAAAGUAUCCAAUUCAAGACGAGAUGAAGCACAUUCCCUUAGAAACAUAAACAAAUUUCAGGGGAGAAAGAUUAUUCCGAGAUCGAUUAACAAAAGGAGAAGACAAUAGAAGAACUACGAGUCAUCACUUUUUGGCAAAUAUUCCCCUCACAUAUCACCUCUUACACUCUGGCACAUCAUUCAUGAACCUGUUAUUCAGUAAUAAUUAUUUUGUUUUAUACUGCUUAGCGAAAGACGUUUUGAUAUCCCUAGUGCCAAAGAAUUUCCAAGGAAUAAAAAAAGAGAACGUUUAUAAAAAGCGAUUCCAACACUGAUCUCAUCCUAGGGAUUUCGGAACAUCAUCAGGAAUGUUGUUUAGACAUUGGGGAGAAUACAGCUUGAAAGGAAGCUAUAAUUAAUUAGGAGUUUAUAGCAUACUUUUUUGGUUUGGGGUAAUAGCAAAAAUGCUAAAGCAACGUUUCAGACCAUGUCAUUUUUAUUUAAAGACAUUUCAGGGAAGCAUCCAUGUUGUCUUUCUACAGGUCACUCCCCCAUUGUAUAUGCGAAAACAAUUAUUACAGCCCGUGCCAUAACUACUUGCUCCUAUGGUAUUUUUGGCUAUGGUGUAGUGGUGUGAGGGGCCCCCUGUUCCCAGCUUAGUGUAAACCAGAAUGAAUACACACAGGAUGAUGUAAUACCUACAUUCAUUUCUGCAGUACGGCCAUCAAAGGGUCAAGGGGAUAGUGGUUUCUGUAUGUUCAUACAUACCAGUAGACCAUCAGCAGAACAGGUUGAAGAAAGGUUCAGAGCUGGUGGGUCCUAUGUCCACUUUUGGGUCCUAUGUCCACUUUAAUUCCGUUCUAAAACACCACACAUACAUGCUACCAUGUUCUGGGUAGAUGUUAAUAGGGAUUCUCACUGGGAUAUGGGUUUUAAGACAAAUCCAAAUUUAACUGUAUGAAUGAUUUGUUACAAAUUCACUUUGCAGCCACUGUAGUGGCCGCUUUUGUAUGGAUCACAUGACACAUAGCACUGUAUCCCUAAAGAUGGCCUUGUACCAUUGCCAAAACACAAGAUGGUCUUCUUUGGUGCUACCUGUUUAUUGCUUAAGAUAUAUACAUAUAUUUACAAAAAAUAUGUUUAAGAGAACAUUCUUAGCUGGUCAAUAGACUUCCAUCAAGCGGGUAUUACUUAAUUUUUUCUUGCUUUUUUUUAAGUGCAUCUGGGAAACAUGAAAUUUAAAAUAUUCGUUGACAGUCACUGAUAAAUAAAAAAAAUUAAAAAAAUGUGGGUCAGGCUGGAGAGAUCAUUUGACACUAACAGUCACAGAAUUCAGGAUUUGCUUAAUGGCACCCUACAUUCCACAGAGAGAGAGAGUUGUUUAAAUUUCCUUCGAAUAUCAUUUUCACAAGGAACAUAUUGGAUUAAAGGAAAAAAAAAAGUAUAUAUAAAAUGGCUAAACACAUUUACAGUAAUCAGUACAAUAUAUGAUCUGCUGUGUGUGCUAAGUGUUGCAUAGAGCAUAGAUAAGGGAGUAUUGUUUGAACUACUGCUGGGGAUCCACUUUUUGAGCAGUCCUACUCACAGGCACUUAAUUGUGACAAGGAAUAAUUGUCUUAUAUUAAUGGGUGUGUUGGUGAACUACGUCAAGGCCAGUGUUGCAGAAUGUUGAUGCUGUAGACAUUUGAUACAUUUCUUUAUUUCUCCUCCUUAGAAAGUAUAACUCACAGUCAUUAUGUAAAAAUCCACUAGUUAUAAAUCUAAUAUGUAGACUAUAAGAAUUUAUAUUUGAUAAAAAAUAAAAAAAUUACAUAAAAUAUUUAAAUUCAGCCUCAAAAGGUAUUAUCAUCUUCCUUCCAUUCAAACAAUAAUUUAUUGAUAUUUUGUUAUUAUUUUUUCAGUAUUCUAUUUCUGUAUUUUUCUUCUCUUUACAAUCACCAGUGUAUUUCAUUAUUUUGUGGUGCUAUAGUCAUUUUGGAACUCAAGCCAAUAUUUAAAAAAAAAAAAAAACUGUAAAUUUAAACUUUUCAUAAGCGAACCAAUAAAAAUAUAUUGUGGUUUCGUUUAUUUUUAA